AUAUAUAAAGUAAGUUAAUUACCAUGAUCUAGAUAUACAUAUUAUUUACAUUUGAAGUUAUUGAAAUAAAUUAACUCUUUUUUCUUCAGAAUUUUUGAGGAUACCUUGAGACAAAUACAACCAUGUAUUCAAGAUAGCGAGAUUGAUGCUAAACUUGAAACAGAGUUUGCGUCUUGGUUUAAUCAAUACGCACGUGAUCCUUCAUCCGGCAUUACCAAUCAAUUCAUGAAAGGUCUUGCUGAAGGGCCACUGCAUAAGGUUCAACCCUUUAAUGGAUAUGUUGUAAAUGGUUACAAAUUUCACACUGAAGAAUACGGUUCAAAUAAAUCUACAAUGAAUAGUGGUAUAUGCAUUAAGGGCUCUAGUCACAGUGCAAAUGAGAUCGAUUAUUAUGGUAUAUUGACAGAAAUUCUGCAGCUAGAGUAUCAUGCAUUACCAUUUAAGCGAAUCGUAUUAUUUAAAUGUUCUUGGUUUGAUCCAACACCAAAACAUGGUACAAGAGUACAUCCACAAUAUAAUCUUGUUGAUGUUAACAGAAGAAGAACGUUUAAUAAAUAUGAGCCAUUUAUUAUGGCUGUGCAAGCUUCUCAGGUGUAUUUUGAAACCUAUCCUUCAGUAAAGAGGACACAGAAUGAUUGGUUAGCUGUUUGUCAAAUAAAGGCACGUUCAAUUGUAGAUGUUCCAAAUAUAGUAGAAAAACCUCACACACUGAAUGAUCUAGCUUUUCAAGAGGAUAACAGUCAAAUGCAUGAAAUUGAUAUUUGUGAAGAUGAAACACCUUAUAUAUUGAAUGAUCCAGAUGGUGUUUUUAUUGACAUGGAGGAGGAGGAGGAAGGAGAGAGGGAAGAGGAAGAGAGGGAGAUGGAAGAAAAUGAUGAGGCUAAUGACAAUGAUGAUGAGGAGGAGGAGGAUGCUGAUGAUGGGGGGGAGGAGGAUGAUGAGGAUGAGGAUUUUUUCUAUUAA